AGACGGGGUUCAGCAUUUAAACGCUAAAAGAUUCACCUUUAAACCACCUCACCGCCAAAGGUAUAUACUACAAAGAAUUCGUAGUCUGGGUCAAAAGUUUUUCAUCUUUUGGUUCAAAUGGGUUGGGAAUUUUUGCUUCAUGAAGAAGACAAAUCGCCGAUCUUGAAAAGAAAAAGAGGGGUAAUAUCUGUGUGGAAGUAUCCUGGGAAAGUUCUUGGUAAUCCAUUUCAUUGCCGAGGGAUAAACAAAAGCAAAAUUGGAAGGAAUAUAUUCUCAGCUACAAAAUCUGGGUUUAUCUGCAAACCCUACUUUUUUUUUUCUCCAAUUCCGACAAAAUUCUACUGUAGAUUAUUAUGGGUCACUUAAUUUCGUCACUUCAGAAAUUGGGUAUUGGGUGCUUUAGCACUUAAAGCUCUAUAUAAAGGAGGCAAUGCCUAUUCUUCUUCCACAACUCAGAAAUCUCAAACAUCUAGCUUGUAUACGGAGUAGUCUGUAAUGGAGGCGACUCAGAAGCAGAAAGGAUUCAUUAAGAGCAAAUUGGCUAUGUCCUUUGCUCGAGUCACCAAGCGAACUUCUCAACCGCAGUGCAGCAGUAAAGUGACGCCUAGCCCGCCUCUGGCGACCCAGAAGGGUUUGAAUCAACUGUCGCUGCAGAGGGUGUCGUAUGCGAGCUCUAAACCGGCUGCUACCACCACCACUUUCUUCCAGCCGAAUGCGUAUGUAACUGACGCCAGUGGUAAAGGCUCCGCGAAAACCACUUGGGGCAGUUAUGGAUGUGAUGAAAACGUGGAUAUGAAGGCCGCGGACUACAUUUCGUAUGUUCGAGAACGGUUCGACAAGUAGAGAGUCGAUUUCAGCGGUGCGAAGCGCUAGGAAAUGCUAUAGAUAUGAGUCGCCUGUUUUAGAUUCUAGGUUGCACCGGAUUGCAAAAUAAAUAGAGUUGGAUGUGGGGGAGAGCCUAUAAUAUUAGAAGGCUCGUCCCUCGUCCAAUGUUCAUGGUUGUGUUUUCCCUUUAGAUAUUUAGUACCAUGCCACCUUUUUUUGGGCAUGUACAAUGCUACUUUUAGAUCUCUCUAUAGGAGUAGAAUGGUAUCUUCAAUCAGGUCUGUAAUGUAAGGUUUUCCUAAUAAGCGAGCAAAGAUAGU